UUGAGGGUCCUCAAGAUCUCACAAUUACUCUAUAGCUCAGAACAGCAACUACUGGGAUUAGCCUGAGAUGAGAAUGAUUCUAAAUAAAGCUCUGGUUCUGGGGGCACUGACCUUGACCACCUUGAUGAUGAGCUCCUGUGGAGGCGAAGACAUUGUGGCUGACCAUGUUGGCUCCUAUGGAAUAAAUGUCUACCAGUCUCAUGGUCCUUCUGGCCAGUACACCCAUGAAUUUGAUGGAGAUGAGCAGUUCUACGUGGACCUGCAGAAGAAGGAGACUGUCUUGUGGCUUCCUGAGUUCAGCAAAAUUGGACGUUUUGACCCACAAGGGGCACUGAGAAACAUAGCUACACUAAAGUAUAACUUAGACAUCAUGAUUAAACGUUCCAACUCUACGGCUGCUCCUAAUAAGAUACCUGAGGCAACUGUGUUUUCCAAGUCUCCUGUGAAGCUGGGACAGCCCAACACCCUCAUCUGCUUUGUGGACAACAUCUUUCCUCCUGUGAUCAACAUCACGUGGUUGAGUAAUGGACGCUCCGUCACAGAGGGUGUUUCUGAGACCAGAUUCCUCUCCAAAAGCGACCAUUCCUUCUCCAAGAUAGGUUACCUCACCUUCCUCCCUUCUGCUGAUGAUGUGUAUGACUGCAAGGUGGAGCACUGGGGCCUGGAUGAGCCACUUCUGAAACACUGGGAACCUGAGAUUCCAGCCCCUGUGUCUGAGCUAACAGAGACCACAGUCUGUGCCCUGGGGUUGUCCAUUGGCCUUGUGGGCAUCGUGGUGGGCACCGUCUUCAUCAUCCAAGGUCUGCGCUCAGGUAGCACCUCCAGGCAGCAAGGGCCCUUAUGAGCUGCACCAUAUGAAGAAAGAUACAUUGUCCACCUCCAGGAGCAGAAGAGUGGAUGUGCUGGAUGAUCCAGUACUAUUUUCUGGUCCAAUUUCUCAUGCUUCUUCUCUCUUCCAAAUGUUCCUCCUCUCACCUUUUCUCUGGGAUGUAAGGUUUUGUGUCCUUUCAGAGUGCAUAUACACUUGGAAUUCUCCCCCGACCCGAUUUUCUUACUUUUUUCAAUGUUACCUAUUAUGGGAUUUAUGGGGUCCCUGAGGUAAUAAUACAUCCAGUUACCUAAUUCUUCAGUGACCUAAUCUCCAAGGAAGAAAUAAAUUCCGUUUUAUGAGCUUCC